GGGAGAAGUGCAACAGUGAGGGCUAGGAGGCCAGAGUGAUAAGAUGUUGCUACCGCGUGUCGUGUUGUUGCUGGUGCUGGGGACAGUCCAAGCAGAGGCGCAAAAAAUAAUAUUUCCUGACAAGCUAAGAUACUAUGAAGGGGAAGUCUGCAUCACAAGGACAGGUCAUACAAGCACAUGUGAGCGAUCCUGUCCAAAUAAAACAAGCCAAGGUGUUGAUAGCUUGUGUGGCUAUCAGGACUCCAUCUUCCUCUUCUGUUGUGAGAAAAACUUGGAUAGCAUAAUGGACAUCUCGCCUCCCGCUCUCAGUUUCCAGUGUGGGAUAAGUAUCAAAAACAAUGAGCCAGGCACCGUGGGGGUUGUACUACGACCUGCACUCCCGCCGGCCCCUACAAGCGCCGCGGGACAAGUUAAUCCUUUGGAACUGCCUUUUCCUACUUUUCAAGGCUCCGACAGCGAUCUUAUUCAUGAGGCAGUCGGUGGCGUGAAUACGAGAGAGAAUGCCUGGCCAUGGAUGGCACUUAUAGGGACACGGGACCCUCAAGGUAUUUCCUGGUUUUGUGCUGGAGUGUUGACCAAUGAACAGUGGAUCCUCUCGGCCUUGCACUGCUUCCUUAAUCAAAACACCGAUGUACUCGUGGUGCGCCUUGGUGAACACGAUUACAACAGUUUAAAUGAAAGAACACCACAUCAAGAUUUUGGCGUAGUAGAAACCGUGUUUUACCCAAACUACAGUCACCCUCAAGCCUACCACGACCUGGCACUGCUCAGGCUGGACUCUAAAGUCAGCACACAGAGGUCCAUCAGUCCUGUGUGUCUGCCUUGGGGCAAGGAAAGCGACAGGGUGCUCACAGAUCAGGUAGUCACGCUUACUGGGUGGGGCGAUACCAGGUUUGGUGGACAACCCAGCUCUAUCCUACAGGAGGUUAAAGUAACGGUGUUCUCGCCUAUCCAGUGUGAUCACAGCUACUCUAACUUACCGCAGUAUGCCGAAACUUGGCCUCAAGGCAUCGGACAGGAGACUGUGUGUGCAGGAGACCCUAACGGAGGACGGGACGCUUGUCAGGGUGACUCCGGUGGGCCUAUUGUGUCUCAGGACGCCCAUGGAAGUUAUGUGUUAGCGGGCGUCGUGUCACGAGGCUACGGUUGUGGCCAUAAGGAUUAUCCAGGACUGUACACUAACUUACGCUACCCACCUUACCUUGCUUGGAUUAAGAAAGUUGCCUUCAUCACUGUCUAAGCGGGAUACAGUUCGGAAUGGGUCGAUGCCUCUUAAUGGUGGAUUUGUUUCGGGCCUUGGGAACCACAACACUGAACGGAUGACUUUCCAAAUAUCUGACUGCCACCGGACUUUAAACCACUACGUCUGAGUGUUCCACAGUGCCAAGGUGGUCCCACACAAAGUCACUAAAGUAACGAAUAGUUUAAAAUACUUUCGUAUUAUGACAAAAAUUUCAAAUGUAUUUGAAAGUGUGUAGUUAUCCAGUUCUUCAGAAUAAGUGUAUUAGAGAGAGAGAGAGAGAGAGAGAGAGAGAGAGAGAGAGAGAGAGAGAGAGAGAGAGAGAGAGAGAGAGAGAGGGCGGCAUCUGUGUUUUUUUCGUUCUAGAUGUUUAAGUAAGUCAUCCAGUCAUUAACUAUAAAAAAACAAAAAUAUUUGAAUCAGUACUUACUAUUUUUCUUUUUUUUAUAACAGUGGCAAUUAAAGGACAUUUUCAUUCGUAGAUUCAUCAUUGCUGUUUUCUAUUCCACAUGUUUUUUUAGUUUCAUUUGCAAGAAAAAAUAAAAUAGACAUUCCUUUAAAAAAUGUAACCGUGCACGCUUAUAUGAAAUAAAUAAAACUUCUACAGCAAAAUAC